AGAAAUGCUACAGGAAUGUGGGUUACAUUGUUUAUGAAGAAGAAGAGUGUAACAGUUUCUUUUUACAGAAUUGAACAAUGACCAUAGUUGACAAAGCUUCUGAAUCUUCAGACCCAUCAGCGUAUCAGAAUCAGCCUGGCAGUUCUGAGGCGGUCUCACCUGGAGACAUGGAUGCAGGUUCUGCCAGCUGGGGUGCUGUGUCUUCCUUAAAUGAUGUUUCAAAUCACACGCUUUCUUUAGGACCAGUACCUGGUGCUGUAGUUUAUUCAAGUUCAUCUGUACCUGAUAAAUCAAAACCUUCACCACAAAAGGACCAAGCCCUAGGUGAUGGCAUUGCUCCUCCUCAAAAAGUUCUUUUCCCAUCUGAGAAGAUUUGUCUUAAGUGGCAACAAACUCACAGAGUUGGAGCUGGGCUCCAGAAUUUGGGCAAUACCUGUUUUGCCAACGCAGCAUUGCAGUGUUUAACUUACACACCUCCUCUCGCCAAUUACAUGCUAUCACACGAACACUCCAAGACAUGUCAUGCUGAAGGAUUUUGUAUGAUGUGUACAAUGCAAGCACAUAUUACCCAGGCACUCAGUAAUCCUGGGGAUGUUAUUAAACCAAUGUUUGUCAUUAAUGAGAUGCGGCGUAUAGCUAGGCACUUCCGCUUUGGAAACCAAGAAGAUGCCCAUGAAUUUCUUCAAUACACCGUUGAUGCUAUGCAAAAAGCAUGCUUGAACGGCAGCAAUAAAUUAGAUAGACACACCCAGGCGACCACACUCGUUUGUCAGAUAUUUGGAGGAUAUCUGAGAUCUAGAGUCAAAUGUUUAAACUGCAAAGGUGUCUCAGAUACUUUUGAUCCGUAUCUUGAUAUAACAUUGGAGAUAAAGGCUGCUCAGAGUGUUAACAAGGCAUUGGAGCAGUUUGUGAAGCCAGAACAGCUUGAUGGAGAAAACUCAUACAAGUGCAGCAAGUGUAAAAAGAUGGUUCCAGCUUCAAAGAGAUUCACUAUACAUAGAUCUUCUAAUGUUCUUACACUUUCUCUGAAACGUUUUGCAAAUUUUACUGGUGGAAAAAUUGCUAAGGAUGUGAAAUAUCCUGAGUAUCUUGAUAUUCGACCAUACAUGUCUCAACCAAAUGGAGAACCGAUUAUUUAUGUUUUGUAUGCAGUACUGGUACACACUGGUUUUAAUUGCCAUGCUGGCCAUUACUUCUGCUACAUAAAAGCUAGCAAUGGCCUCUGGUAUCAGAUGAAUGACUCCAUCGUGUCUACCAGUGAUAUUAGAUCGGUACUCAGUCAACAAGCUUAUGUUCUCUUUUAUAUCAGGUCCCAUGAUGUGAAAAAUGGAGGUGAACUUACGCAUUCCACCCACAGCCCCGGCCAGUCCUCUCCCCGACCAGUCAUCAGUCAGCGAGUUGUCAACAACAAACAGGCCACAUCAGGGUUUAUUGGACCACAGCUUCCUUCUCACAUGAUAAAGAACCCACCUCACUUAAAUGGCACUGGACCAUUGAAGGAAACGCCGAGCAGUUCCAUGUCGAGUCCUAAUGGAAAUUCCAAUGUCAGCAGGGCUGGUCCUGUUAAUGCUUCGACUUCUGUUCAAAACUGGUCAGUUAACAGGUCCUCAGUUAUUCCAGAACAUCCCAAGAAACAAAAAAUCACGAUCAGUAUUCACAACAAGUUACCUGUUCGCCAAUGUCAGUCUCAGCCUAACCUUCACAGCAAUUCUUUGGAGAACCCAAACAAGCCUGUUCCCUCCUCUACCGUUACCAGUUCUUCCGCAAUACAGUCUACCUCGAGUGCAUCUGCGGCGUCGGUUUCUAGUAAAGUAACAAAGCAGAUUACCCCGAGUGAGUCCUGUUCCAAGCCAGUGAUGAACGGCAAGUCCAAGCUGAACUCAAGUGUCCUGGUCCCCUAUGGCGCCGAGUCAUCUGAAGAGUCUGACGAGGAGGCCAAGGGCCUAGGCAAGGAGAAUGGUCUGGGUACGACCGAGAGCUUGCACUCUUCUGCUCAGGAUGCUGAAGAUGAGGAGGUCUCUCAGCACGAGCUUCGAGAACCUGUUACUCUAAAUGGUGCUAAUAGUACAGACAGCGACCUGAAAGAAAACGGUCUGUCAUUUGAUGGUGCCAGUUGCCAAGUCCAGCCCGCUCUACACUCGGAAAACCCCUUUUCUAUGGCAAAUGGUCUACUUGGAAAGUUGGUGCCUGCUCCUCUGCCACCUCUCCCAGAAGACAAAAUCUUAGAGACCUUCAAACUUAGCAACCAAGUGAAAGGCUCGACAGAUGAAACGAGUACAACCAGGAUGGAGGAGAGCCCUGCAGAGGGUCCUGAGGCAGACCCAGAGGCCAGCGGCCCCACUCCAGACGCCCGUGAGAAGCUGCAGACACUCACGAGUCUCAGCAGCAAGUUACAGAAGGCUCUGCUGCUCUCGGACUCCAGCGUCAAAGCUACCAAAGAAGAAGUCUUGGAGACCGUUUCAGCAAAGCCUGAGGAGUCUCUGCCCAAUGUCAAUGCUCUCUGUAACGCCAGCAGGAGUACCGUAGGGGACGAUCAACUUUCUAAACUAUGUGAGCCUGGGAAUUUGACAAACGAUCCGAGCAAACCAUCCCAGGCUGUAAAAGGGACGUCACUAGAGAGUCCCCGGGACUCGGCAACCGUGGAAACAGUGGGGAGGUUGAGCCCGAGUUCCCUAGCGCGUUCCGAGGGUGACCGUGAGCAUGAACGCGUAGUUUAUAGCAGUCGAGACAAGUGCAUGGACGUGGAGGACCCUUCCAAAAGCCCAGAGGUGUCUACAGUGGAGUUGCCCUCCCCUCAGUUAGACAAGAUCACAGAAAAUCAUUUGGAGGGGCGUCCUGAACAAAGUAACGGUGAGAGAUGUGAAGAAAAUAGGGUUGCACAAAAAGUUCAGGAUCAUUCUCCAGUUAAGGAAAAAAUCAGUGGCCUCAGAAAAGUUGAUCGAGGACAUUAUCGCAACCGCAGAGAUCGCUCCUCCAGUGGAGAGCGCGCGAGGGAAAGUAGGAGCAAGACCGAGGACCAUUAUCACAAAAGGCGGCACUGCUACGUGAGAGAGCGGGCCAAGCAGAACCGCCACAGGCCAGAACACUGCAAUGGGAGCCAGCACCACCCGUGUCACGGAGAGAGAGGCAGCCCCAGUGAGCGCCGCUCCCUCGGCAGGUACAGCCACCACCACUCUCGAAAUAGAGGCGGGUCAGACCAGGAAUGGAGCAGGUACCACCAUUCGGAAAGCGAACACUCCUGGGGCCGGGAGAAAUACUACCUAGAGAAGAUGAGAUGGGACAAAUGCAGGUAUUACCACGACAGGUACGCCCCCUAUCCAGCACGAGAGGUGUGGGAGUGGAAGCCUUUCCACGGUGACCGAGAGUAUGACAAGGCAGGUCAGUACCCCAGCCGGCCGCACAGAGACUACUCUAAAAGCAAGAAGGGGUAUGAGUUGGUUGCUAGAGAGAAGGGCCGUCACCAUUUCAGCAACCUGCGAACAGGCCCACCCCACGCCCUUCCUCUGUACCCUGAGAAGUACGCCCAGGAGAAAGUUGCACUUGUAGCCGAAGACAACAGCUGUGACCUCGCUGAUCGGUUUCACGAACACGAUGAUGUCAAGUCACGGAAACGGAGGUAUGAUAGUAUAGAAAAUCCUGACAGUCACGUAGGAAAGAAAGCCUGGAGAAGCUUACCACAGGAUCCUUUAGGAGAGCUUAAAGUGAAGAAGCACAAAAAAUCAAAGAAGAAAAAGAAAUCCAAAGACAAACACCGAGAUCGAGAUUCCAGGCAUCAGCAGGAUUCAGAUCUUUCAGUAGCAUACUCUGAUGCUGACCUCCACAGACACAAAAAAAAGAAGAAGAAAAAGAAGAGACACUCAAGGAAAUCAGAGGACUUUGUUAAAGAUUCAGAACUACACUUACGGAAGGCCGCCAGCUAUGAGACUGUUGACCAUUUCCGGAGGACUGACGGUGGCUUUCUCCUCACCGAUGGCCUGCCUCUGGAAGGUGUUGGACCUUUCUGUGAGAAAACAAAACACUUCAGGAUGGAAAGCAGGGAUGACAGGUGUCAUCUGUCUGAGUGUGGCCAGGGUAAGAGGAGAUACUCGGAAUUAAGAACAUAG